CGGUUUUACUCUCUAUGGUGAAACCGCUCCCGAUCUCGCUUCGAUCUCCUUCACACUACGACCUCGCUCCGAUCUCAUUCUCGCUGCAAUCUCGCUCCGAUCUCGCUCCGUUCACGAUCUCGCUCCGACAUGGACUCGAUUCUCUUCCUUGUAUUUCUCCUUCUCUCUAUAAAUUGUUGUUCGUUUUCUAUCCCUCUCGUGGUUGUUAUUCUUCGUUGAAAUUUGAUGUUCUCCUCUGUUUCUUCUCCGAUUGUAGUGCAUGUGAAAAUGCAUUGCGGUGCAUUGGUAAUAAUGAUGUUCAAAAGCUUGGAAGAAGUGUUUUUCCUGAAAAUUUGAAGGCUACUACUAUCAGCGAGAUAACUAGGCUCAGGAACGUUGCAAUGACAUCAAUUACUUCACGUUCUGUGGUUGAUGAACGGACUAUCCAGAUGUCGGUAAGUCUACAACAAGAGACAGAUACUUUACUUCAGUGGUCAGAUACCAAAGUAGAGAAAGCUGGAGAAUGUAUAUUUCGUGUUGGUUCAGUUCGCUACAGAAUGGAUCCUUCCAGGCGGACACUUCAGAGGAUUUCAGAUGAUGAAUCCAUGUCCUCUGCCUCAAUCAAUUCAGGUUUGGCGUCCAAAAAAGGUUACAUUCCAAGGAGAUUAGUGUUUGGAAAUGAUGAAUAUGUCUGAAUUGGCAAUGGGAACCAACUUAUCAGAGACCCAAAGAAACGAACUAGAAAAUUGGCAAAUGAAAAAGUUAGACGAAGCUUGCACACUGCCAGGCAGUGGUUGGCUCGUAAGCAGAAGUACUGUGUAAGACCCCUAAAUUCCACUUUUAAUUUAUAUGAGUUUAUGGAGUAAAUUAAGUGUGGAAAGGAUGUUGAGUUUGGAAAUGAAAAAAACAAGGUUUUGGUUGUUUUGUUGAAGUCUGAACAAACUCGUACCUUUUUGAACCCUUUACGUUUUGAUUUGGUUUUUAUGGUCAACAUGAAACUUGUAGAUCUCUUCGUUAGCUUUCCAACGAAUAUUGGUGCGUCUCAAUUGGACAACCAGAACUCAAGUUAUGAUCGUUUCCGUAAGAGGCGGAUUCGCAGAAAUUUUCCCACACUUCCUAGCACUCGAGCCAGGCACAGCAGAGGCCCAUUUUAGGCCAAAACCUGACCAUGGGGGCUGAGCAUAGGCGCAUGGUACUGUUCACAGGUGGACUUUUGUGACUUUUAGUUGACUUUAGGGGUUUAUGCACCCGGGACCUUUGUUGCUUAGUUUUUCGCGUAGAUUUCGUUUCCGAGGUUUGUUGUUGGGCUAAGGAAUGCUAUUUGGAUUUGUCUUAUGGAAGACCAUUAGUUAUAGAUAGGUUGAUUAGAGUUCGAGAGUUAUUAGUUCGAGUAUCGUCGUUAUUACGAUAUAUUUUGCUGAGAUCGUGCCUGUUUUGUGUUCGAGUGUCAGAAUGACACGGGGUUUGUUUUCCUAGUCUUCUUAUAGGAAUGAGGAUGAUCCUGUGUCUUUAGAAUUUCAUUUUUCGCGUUAUGCUAGUUUUUGAGAAAACGGGCAAUAGUUUACCCGCUGUCGUAAAAUUUUACGGUUUCGAAAUUCAGUAAAAUUUUGGGUGGAAGUUUUAUAUAUCUGCGCGAGUUAGGAUAUGUCCUGAGAAUAAUUUUCGAGAGUGUUGAAGAAAAUUACAGUCGCGGAAAAAGAUUCGGCGAUAAGUUUUGGAAUUAUUUUGAGACGGACUUCCGUUCCGUAAGUUUUCUGUUUUUACGAGUUUUGCUCGUCGCGGCGCGCGAGAGCUAUGGGGCGUGAGAGAAAAUAUCUAGAUAUUUGUUAAAGUAAAAUGGAUGGCUAGGAUUUGAUCUAGAGAAAGUGCUUUUGAUCCAAUGGCCAAGAGUUACCAAGACCAUUUGUUAGUAAGGAGGUUUAGGCACUUUGGAGACUUAGAAAAAUCAGAUUUUUCAUCCUUUCUCUUCCUCUCCAAACCGUGAAAGCCACUCCUCAUUUCUAUUCAUCACAAAAUUUUCAUUUCAUCAUCAAAUCCUUCCUUUUCAAGCUCUUUGGAACCUAGACUUGCUAAGGGAAUCACUUCACUUAAGGAAGCACGUAACGGUAGAAUAGAGCGAACGUUGUGGUUUUUGAUUGGAAGCUUGCCGAGGUAAGGGCACCUUCUAUUUAUGCCUUACUUCCGACAAUAACAUGUGUUGUUUUGGCUUGUUGUUUAUGCACUGGUUGUGAGUGCUUUGUAUGGUUGCGUUAUGUAUUCUCGUAAUGAGUUAUGUUGAAUACAUAUUGGUUGUUUACAUAUUAUGCGAAUAUGUAUGUUGGAAUGUUUGAGAUUACAUAUUAAUGAGAAUAUGUAAGUUGUUGCAUUAGUAUAUGUAGAGAAGGCGUAUGCUCAUGCAUUCAUAGUGGGUAUUUGAUCUGAGUGAUUGUACCCGGUGAUACUCCCGCCUUUAAGUGAGCCGGUAUUUGAUCUGAGUGAUUGUACCCGCCGUUAAUGGAGCCGGUAUUUGAUCUGAGUGAUUGUACUCGGGGUAUUCCACCAAUUGAGUAGGUGUUUGAUCUGAGUGAUUGCACCCGGUGUUAUCCCACCGUUUGAUUCCGGAAUCCAUGCAUGUGACGAUCCUGUGACGGGGUGUCACACUCAUUCAUUAGAGGUUUGCAUUAGGCUAUGUGCGCAUU